CUCUCUGCUUCUUCUGAUAUCCAUAUAUGUUGGAUCACUAAAACUACCCAUCUCUGCAACUUGUCUCUCUACCCUCUAAAUUUUUUUUCAUGAUUUUCUUCCUUUCUCACUCAUCAGAAAAGAAUUAGCCACCACUAAGCUAUGCCAGCACCUAGCACAUUGAAGCAAGAUUUCCUCAAGAGAUGGGUAAUAGGUCUGCAAUCCUUUGGCUCUUCAUCAAAGGACAUGAGCUUCUUGGAAAGAAAGAAGGUGAUAAAGUUGUCAGCAGAUGUGGCUGUGGCUUCUCUUAGAGCUGGAAAGACUUGUUGGAGCCGUGCUCUCAUUGCCAAUGCUUCAAAACAAGAAGGCGGCAAAACCCUUAUAGAGAACAUAUUGGGUAGUGAGUUUGAUGAGAAGCCAACAAAGCCUACCAUGGGAGCUUUCAUGUCACACAAGAGGGUUAGAAGCAAAAGCAUCUUGAGAAGGAGCUGCAGUUCUCAUAGGAUAAGAAAGAUUGCUCCAAAAAGAGUUCAAGCAAGCUCAAUUGCUAAGAGACUAGUGAAGAAGAGAACCCAAGUGCUUAGAAGUCUUGUACCUGGAGGAGAAUCCAUGGAUGGGUUCUCUUUGUUAGAGGAAACCCUAGAUUAUAUCAUCUCCCUCAAAGCCCAAGUGGAUGUAAUGCGAUGCCUUGUUGAUGCUUCUGAGCUCUUAAAUGGCAAGUAAGGUCAUCAAAGUUUAAUGUUUUUCUCUUUUCCUUUUUUGUCCCUCUAUAUUUUGCUUUAGCUAAGAUUACAUGAAGGAGAGAAGAAUCUUAUAUAAUUCAAGCAUGUACAGAUGAACUAUGUAAAACUUAAGCCUAUAGCUCUUAUUUCC